CUGAGAUGAUCCGUUUCUGAUGGUAUUUAAGCCUCGGUCUAGAUCAGAAUUGAAUAGUUUCAAUCAGGAUACCACACUAAUACCUCCUAGCAAUAUGGCGAAGUUCUUGAUAAUCAUGACGACGUUGGUGGCUGCGGCUUUAGCCUACCCUGGUUACGGUUCCAGCGGGCGCGGUAGCCUCGGAAGUGGCGGCUUCGGCAGCAGCCAAGGAAGUCAGGGGGGAUUCGGUGGAGGUAGCCACGGAGGUGGUCUCGGUGGAGGUAGCCACGGAAGCGGUAUCGGCAGCGGUAGCCAAGGCGGUUUCGGCAGCGGUAGCCAAGGAGGUUUCGGAAGCGGCAGCAGCAGCUACGGUGGCCACGGAGGUCAAGGCAGUCGUCACCUUUCUGGGCUAGAUGGUGGAUACGGCCAGGGUCAGGGCGGUUUCGGUGGCAGCCAGGGAGGCUUCGGUGGAAGUCAGGGAGGUUUCGGUGGAAGUCAGGGAGGUUUUGGAAGCGGUAGCCACGGAGGUCAAGGAGGUUUUGGAAGCGGUAGCCGCGGAGGCCAAGGAGGAUUCGGAGGAGGAAGUCAGGGCGGUAGCGGUGGAUACGGACACAGAUAUUAAAUCUUUUUUUUAAAUUGUGUAUGUAAAAAUGUAAAUUGUGAUAUUGAUCGACUCCCAAAGCAGUAAUAAAUAUUACGAAAUUUAA